AUGGCGAAAUACAGAGCUCUAUUCCCUUACUUUUCUUUGGUCUUUAUUCUUUCUCUAAUUGCCCCCAUCCACGCCCAGGAUAUUCCAAUAUGCAGCGCGUCAGUACCAUGCGAAGAUGGAUGUUGUAACAAGUCUGGCUUGUGCGGCCUCGGUCCUGAUUAUUGUAGCAAAUCGACCUGCGUCAACAAUUGCGAUCGUAAGGCUCAAUGCGAUCCUGGCGGCUUCGGCGAAGACUAUGUGGUGAAAACCACAUGCCCCCUCAAUGUCUGCUGCUCCGAAUAUGGCUAUUGCGGGACAACCGAAACCUCCUGCGGCAACAAUAGAGCCAACCGACCGAGCUGCCCCGUCGAAGAGAACAGCAGUUUCAAGCGUGUUGUUGGCUACUAUGAAACCUGGGCGACGGGGCGAGCAUGCAACCGGUUCUUCCCGGAACAGAUUCCCGCCGGCGUCUACUCACACAUAAACAUAGCCUUUAUCAGCAUCAACCCAUCGACCUUCGAGUUGGUGCCAGCCGAAAAAGGUGACGUCGAUCUGUACAAGCGUGUAGCGAACCUCAAGGCCGAGGACCCCCAUCUCAAAGUCCUCAUCGCCGUCGGAGGCACCGAUUUCCAUAACACAGGGCCGACGGCGGCCACGUUCUCUGACAUUGCGAGAAGUCAAGAGGCGCAGAAGAAGUUCACCGACUCGGUUCUCAACUUCAUGUCUACCUACGGCUUGGAUGGGAUCGACUUGGACUGGGAGUACCCUGGGGUCGAGGACCGCGGUGGACGGGUUGAAGAUUUCGCAAAUUUGCCCAAGUUCGUGAAGACGUUGAGGCAAGGGCUCAAAGAUUACGAGAUCAGCGUUACAAUACCGGCUAUCUACCUGAAUCUUCAGCACUUUGAUCUCAAGAACAUUGAGCCACACGUGGACUUUUUCAACGUGAUGGCAUACGACUUCCAUGGCGUCUGGAAUAAGCCCACCGAGUUGGGUGGGCCGUACUUUAGCUCGCACACCAACCUCACAGAAAUCAAAGACGGACUGGACCUGCUCUGGCGCAAUAACGUUAAUCACGAUAAGGUGGUCCUGGGCCUCGCAUUCUAUGGCCGCGGAUUCCAAGCCUCCGACUCCUCCUGCCUCCGCCCGGGAUGUACGUUUGAGUCCGGCAGCGAUGCCCAGCCAUGCAGUGGCGAGGACGGCGCCGCGCUGAACUCGGAGAUCGACGACCUCGUAGCCAAGCAGGGCACGAAGUCCACGCUCGACACAGACGCCGCAGUCAAAGUUCUCACGUGGGGAGGCGACAACUGGCUCACCUAUGACGACGAGGAGACGUUCCGAUUGAAGGCGGAUUUCGCUCGCAGUCAGUGCCUCGGCGGCGUCAUGGUCUGGGCGAUCUCGCAAGAUACCGAGAAUGCGAAGUAUUCCAAGGCCCUUUCUCGCGUUGCCCCCAGGAUCUCUGGCUCUCAGUAG